AUGAAUUUUGAUAAUCAAUCGUCAAAGAAACCUGAACCUCUCCAUAAAAUGAAUAAUCUCGCAUCAGUAUCAUUAUGUCAUGUCUGUGGUAUAGAAAAUGCGCAAGUGCACUAUGGUGCGAUGUGUUGUGUUUCAUGUAAAAUGUUUUUCCGCAGAAAUGCUCAACUAAAUUUAAGUAAUAGAAAGUGUGUAACAAAUGGUAAAUGUAAUAUAACAAUUAAAAGUCGAAAAACAUGUCGAUAUUGUCGUUUGAAAAAAUGUUUCACAAUUGGAAUGCAACGAGAAUUACUACGUGCCUCACAUAAUAGACAAGGUACACGUUGUAAGUUAACUCGGAAAGAAAAUGCUGUUCGUUUGACUAGUACUGUGCAUCCUCUUGAUUUACUUCAAAAUGAUCGAUCAUUAUUGAAAAAUGAACAAUGGACUUGUUUAUCUAAUGUGAUUCAUUUAUUCGACGAAAAGUUCCCCGUGCCUCAAAUGCGUAAUUUAUUAGGUGCUCAAUCCAUAUUUCCAAUGAAAAUACGUAUGAAAAUGGCGCCAACAAAUAUGUUAACGCUUCUCAAUGCGAUGUAUCAAGGUGUCUAUCCUUUUGCCACAAGCAUAACACAUUUUACAACUCUGCCAUUAAACGAUCGAUCUAUGCUGAUCGAAAGAAAUAUGAGAAAUAUCGGUGGCUAUAGUGGUAUAGUUUUAAGUAGAGAUGCAGAUGUUCAUUCAAGUCCAAUAUUUAAGAUUGGUUUUCCAGAAAUUUAUGGUUCACAAGUAAUGGAUGAUGCAAUUAAAAUUUAUAAAAAUACAGACCAAGAUAGUACAUUGGUUAAACUGUUAAUUCCUGCUCUCAUAUUCUCGACGGGCUCUGAUCUUCUUCUUCCAAUAAAUGAAAGUAAAUGUGAUCAUUUCGAAAAUUCGUGCCAUUUACUUUCGAAUGCAAAACAAAUAUUAGAAAUGCAAAAUUUCUAUGUUGAAAUCUUGUUCAAAUAUAUGGUUUUCCGAUACGGUUUUAAAGAAGCAGCGAUAAGAUAUGCGGCACUUAUUAAAACGUCGCUUGAUCAAAGUAUGUGCUCACUAAACGGUAGAGAAGUUCGAAAACAUAAGCAGUUAAUGGACACAAUUGUCGAACAAACUGAACAUUCGAUGGCGUCACAGAACGAAACAGUUCUUUACUGA